AUGUCACGCGAAGAACAACAACAACUUCUUGACGACGAUGAUGAGCCAGCGGAUGAUGAUGGUUGUUACCCUCCUCGCAAGGACAGCAUACCUUGGCAGCCCAAUCCUCAUAGACAACUUCCUGUAUAUACGACCAUUCACCGAAUCAGAAGACUGGUAAUUGCAUGCAUUGACGAUCCCUACAGUCUUGAUCAGCUCAAGAGUCCACGAAUGAAUACCGCUGUCGUCAGACCCUUGCUUGACCACCUGUACGAUCCUGACGACGUAUCAAUAGUUUGGUGUCUGCUGGUCAAUCGUGUACAAUUCCUUCGCCAACAAUCGUUCCAAGCCCACCACCAGACUGUCAAUGUCACACGUGCCAAUCUAUGCGAGGUCCUGGCCAGUCGAAUCCUGCGCCGGUUUGACGAAGACCACAGUGGCCGAGAAGGACUUUUGGCACUUGCAAACGUGCUGGUAUCUGGCUUCGAACCAUUCCAGAAUGCUCCACCCUCAGUUGAUCGUGGCAAAAGGCCUCAUUCCGCUCUCGCGGAAGGCUGGUUCCAGUCUGGACGUGAGCGUGUCUUGACUGCGCUUGAGGUCGCCAUUAUCUCCGAGUCCAAGAGCUUUUUGGCAGCAUCCGCCUGCCAGAAGAUUGUCGAUGCUGUUUACAGGGGGCGUAUUAUCUAUACACCGACGGCUUUCAUCGACAUUCUUCCGGAUCGCUACAAGAACCGUAGAAUUUCUCUAUACGACCCUCGCAAAGCGCCCAUUCUCAACCAAUAUCGUCUCAUUGUCCCUCGCAAUCGCAAGGUCAUUGAGAUUGGCCAAUUCCUGGUGCUAUUUGGUCUCUAUCUGCUCACCAUGUUCAACAAGGCAAAGGAGAUAGGACCAGGCCACUUGCACUUCACGACAGUAGAGCUCAUCUUUUGUGUUUACGGUUCUGGUUGGGUGCUUGAAGAACUCGCGUCAGUUCUAGAGCAUGGAUGGUCAGUGCAUACCGAGAACUUGUGGGCCUUCAUGGACAUCAUCUUCUCUAUCAUCUAUUUGGCUUAUUUCGGAGUACGCAUGCACGGGUUGAGGACCAACUCUGGACCUGUCGGCAAACAAGCACUCGACAUUUUGUCAUUGGGAGCACCCAUCCUGAUGCCAAGACUGGCAUUCUGCCUUAUGCCCGAGAACAUGCUGUUCAUUGCUCUGAGGACUAUGAUGGGAGAUUUCACCUUCCUUACAGCAGUCACUGUGUGGUGCUUUGGCGGCUUCUUGCUCGCCAUGCGCUGGCUUAGUGAAAGUCAAGAAGGUUACGUUGCCCACAGCUUCUUCACAAUCUCCAAAUGGAUGCUGUGGAUCUGGUUCGGACUCGACGGCACCGGCAUCACAAAAAGUGUCGAGAUCCACGGCUUCCUAGGACCUUUCCUCAUGAUCCUCUUCGCCUUCAUCGGAAACACGCUUUUCCUGACCAUCCUGGUCUCCAUCCUCAGCAACACCUACUCCAAUCUCGCAAAGAAUGCCACAGCCGAGAUUCAAUUCAGACGUGCAGUCCUGACUUUCGAAGGUGUGAAAUCGGAUACUCUGUUCGCCUAUCGCCCUCCGUUCAAUGUUGCCGCAUUGAUAAUCCUCCUCCCCAUCAAAUUCCUCACCACCCCACGUUGGUUCCACAAAGUAAACGUCACCGCCGUGCGCAUCCUUAACGCACCUCUCUUGCUAGCCAUCGCCCUCUACGAACGCAGAUAUCUCUGGCAACGCAGUUCCAAGCAAGGACCCCGUCGCCGCCACGCCUUCCUCGAUUUUUGGGAAUCCUUUGGCGCGCAUGCGGAUCUGGGUAAUGUGUUUGAUGAAGAGCCGCCGCAGAGUGUGUUGGACGAGAUGGAUGAUAUUGAUGAUGUUUUCGGCAAUGACGUUUGGGCUAAUGGGUAUAUGAAUACAAUUAGAGCGAGGAGGGGUAGUAGACAGAUUAGUGAGACUAGUUCUGCGUAUCCGGUGUUUAGGAAUAGGAGGUCGAGGGGGGAUAGUCUGUUGCCUGCUGAAACUUGGUAG